CGGUAUCUGACCAACGAUUACUUUCACGUCAAACUUUCCGAGAAUGUCGUCCACCGGAGCUAGUUUUGCUCAUGUUUACGUGCAGCAGAACCGGCAGAAGGAAAAAAUGAAGAGAAUGGAGGAGGAGAAAGGAAGAGGAGUGGAGGAUGGUGGUGGAGAGAGAAAAGUUGAGGAUGAUAAAGGUGGUAAGAGCAAUAAGAUCCACCCAGGUGGGUCUAUUUCUUCAGAUUCUGCAGGGAGCUUUGGUGAGACGAAGAACCAUGUAGCUUAACGUGGCUUA